AUGUCUGUCUCACAGAGCAGCGUCGCCCAUCCUAAUGGAUCCGCCCUGUCGCAGCCCCAAAGAGCCUCUUUUACUACCUCCCAGCCCGCGCGGUCUGCUCCUGCUAGCUCACCUCCACCUUCGUCCUCGCAACAGUCAAUCUCCGCAAGUUUCCCUAAGGCCGGUCCCGGUAUCAGGUUGAGGGAAGAUCAUAGUUUUGGAGUGUUUGGCGACAAAGCUGACUGCGAAGACAACAGCAACAGUCACCAAAUUUAUACAGCUGUCUAUUCCAACGUAUCAGUGUACGAAAUGGAAGUCAAUGGCGUUGCCGUAAUGCGACGCCGGUCGGACUCUUGGCUUAAUGCUACACAAAUCCUCAAAGUAGCAGGUGUUGUCAAGGCAAAACGCACAAAGACUCUGGAAAAAGAAGUGAUUUCUGGGGAACAUGAAAAGGUUCAAGGGGGGUAUGGAAAGUAUCAAGGUACCUGGGUCAGUUAUGAGAGAGGUGUGGAGCUGUGCCGACGAUACCGGGUGGAACACCUUUUGCGCCCCUUACUUGAAUAUGACAUGGGCCAGGAUGGCAUAAGUCAAGCUGGACAUGGGGCCAUUCACACCCCGACAAAGGAGCAAGCUAUGGCCGCUCAAAGAAAGCGACUUUUUUACACAGAUAGCCAAAAUUCUUCGGCAUCACAAGGCACGUUUUUUCAAAGUAUCUCCCGCACUGCAGCCAGUGCUGUAAGUGCUAUCAACAAGGCACGGUUUGAUUCUCCCAUGAGUCGGCCGUCGGACAGCCGACAAUCUAGCACAAUGAGAAAAUUAUCACAGAUGAGUAGCCAGGAAGCUCACGUUCCUUCCAACAAUCAGCAGAGCAUGUUCAGUGUGGCGUCGGAUAGUGGCUUUGCAAGCAACCUCCCCGCCAGCCAAAGAAGUAUGAUGGAGCAUGGAGAAGAGUCCCAGGAGCCCCCGCGGAAGCGUAUGCGGUCGUCUUCCACUGUUCAACCCCAUUCUUUCAAUGCGCCCAUGAACGAUCCCACCCCAACCGAGCCGAAUGAAUCAUUUUAUCAGCCAAUCGAAGCACAAGUAGAUGGUGCCAGCGACUACGCGCACGGUCUAAGGCCUUUACUGCCACCCACUACACCUGAAAGAUACCAAAAAAUGAAACUUAUAAUGACGUUGUUCCUGGACAAACGCACCAGGGAUUUCUCAACCCAUCCUGCUUUCCUCACGCUAACGAGCGAAGAUCUAGAAAUCCCACUUGACGAGUAUCUUAAUAGUGCUUUACACUGGGCUGCCAUGCUGGCUCGUUUACCGUUGGUACACGCUCUGGUUACGAAAGGAGUCAGUAUAUAUCGACUUAAUGCUGCUGGGGAAACGGCGCUACAAAAGGCAGUUGGUACCAGGAAUAAUCUUGAUUAUCGAACUUUUUCAAAAUUACUGCAAGUCCUUGCUUCCACCAUUGAGAUAAUGGAUCACCAUGGAAGAACAGUUCUGCAUCAUAUCGCGAUGAUGGCGGCGACUGGAGGUGAUGGCCAUGUCGCUGCAAAACAUUACCUAGAAUGCCUACUUGAAUUUAUUGUGCGGCAUGGGGGCCCUUCGAAUAGCCAACAAACGCAAAUCAAUGGUAAAAACGCGCUUGCAGAUCCUGAGAGGCUUGAGAUCAUUGGACUGGGGAGGUUCAUGUCAGAUAUGGUAAAUAUCCAAGAUGACCAAGGGGAUACGGCACUUAAUCUUGCAGGAAGAGCACGUACCAUUCUUGUGCCCCAACUACUAGAAGUCGGUGCCAGCCCGCACAUACCUAAUCAUACUGGGCUUAGGCCAGCCGACUAUGGGGUUGGCGUUGACAUGGUUAACAAUGGUGAAUCAGGCCAGCAAAAUGGGGAUUCCAGCGAGUCGUUUAGCAACCAUCUAACAAGGACCAGAAAAGAAAUUCUCAGCUUCACAAUUUCACAGGUAACAUCUGCUAUAGAACAGUCAUUCAAUAUGGUGGACCGAGAUCUUUCCGACGACUUAGAUAAGAAGCAAGAAGAAUUUGAUGGUUGGCACGCUAAGAUUCGCGAAAGCGCAAGACUUCGCCAGAUUGAGCAAGUCGAACUAGACGAAAUCAAGAAAAGAGCCGGUGAACGUGUUGAACUUCAGCGGCAAACACGGAACCUGGAACAAUCAGCAGAAGAACUCGAUGGUGUAAUACGAACAAUGCAGGGUACGGGAUUAGGAGAAAGCACAGUUAGCGAUAUCCAUGAAAGGCGGGCUUUAUUCGACGCAGAUAGAUUCCACGCAUUGUUCCCUGACAUACUUGAUGCUUCAACCGGCUUCUCAGAUGAGCAGACAGCUUAUCUUUUGGGGCAACCUUCUGCCAAGAAGUUAGAGUCGCUUCUAAAAGCCUAUGAGGGGCAAAAUAAGAAAAUCACUGAAGAAAUCGAGAUUCUCAAGUCGAAGAACGUUGUACUGGGCGAACAAUACCGCCGCAUGGUAAUGGCAUGUACCGGAUGGACCGGUCAGCAAGUCGAUGCGGCUGCUGAGGGCUUGACAGAGUGCGUGAAAGACUUGAAUCAAGAUCCAAUGCCAGAGGAAGUGGCACUCGAGAUUCUGAUGCAGGACCGUGGCCAGGAUUGGUGA